AUGAAUGAAUACCAUGCAGGGCAGUUGGGCCUGUGCGCUCUCCAGCUGCUGAUCCCCACAAUCCUCCUCGCCAGCACAACAAAAGGAUCAAUUCUUCGCUAUCUAGCUAUUCCUUGUAUGAUCUUGGUCUUAAACCAAGACUUACACCCAAAGCCGAACCCAACACCCUUGCAUCAGAACUUUGUUGGCUUUUUGUUCAUUUCUAUCCUUUCAGCCACCAACUUCUUGCUCGUCAACCCCAAGGAUAGCAGCGACUUCGUCAAUGCCGAUGGCACCAAAAAGGGCUUUUUCGCUCGUUUAUAUGAGGCUAUUCGCGUGAUGAUGCUGACCCGCGCAAUCAAUACACCUCGCCAAGUCAAGAAUGUACCUGGCCCACCAGCCUACUACGCCAAACGUGACCCGAAGAUCACCCCUCGAGGUCGCUUCUUGGUUCGCGAAACUUCAAUUGCUGUAUGGCAGUACCUCACACUGAGCAUGUUCGGAAAACUAGCUGCUCAGGAAGCUUUGAGCAAGCCCGUUCCCGUUUCUUUCGAGGUUGACUGGUUCGUCCCUAUGGACCAAUGGAUUGAACGAAUUAUUUCGAAUCUCAUCGGAUGGUUCGUUGCAGGGCGGAUCCUCAUCGACCUUAAUGCUCGCAUUUGUGCAAUUCUUUCGGUCGCCUUGGGAACUGAUUCUCCUGCCGAUGCUCCACCUACUUUUGGAACCAUGGCCGUUUCUUACUCUCUGCGGAAUUACUGGGGAAAGUUCUGGCAUCAAUUGCUUCGACAGCCUUUCACCUCACUUAGCAACUUCAUUGCGCGAGAUGUGCUCUGCCUGCCUAGAUCAUCGCUGAUUGAACGAUACACCAACGUCUUUAUCGUUUUCUUCUUCUCGGGCCUUUUGCAUUUCGUUCUCGAUGUCGUGGGUUGCAUUCCAGCCCAGGAGUCUGGAGCCAUGUUCUACUUCCUCUCUUUCGUUUUGGGCUUCAUGAUCGAGGAUGGUGUCAAGGCAAUGUGGAAAAGUAUGUAUCCUCAAGCCAAGGAGUCUGAUGGCCCGCCUCCUAUCUGGCAAAGAGCUGUUGGAUUUGUCUGGACUAUGGGGUGGAUUGGUGUUAUGUCGACCCGCUACUUUGUGCCUAUGCAGCGGCCGGAAGCUCAAGGUCUGCUGGUACCAUUUAAUGUUGCAGACUGGAUAGGCCUUCCUGCUUUGGUAGGAAUUGUGGGCGUUGGUGCCGCUUUCCUUAAAAUUGUCUUUGAGGUUGAGCUAUAA